AUGACUCCCGACUACCCUGCCUCACUGCCCAGCUUCAGGGCUCCGUCUCUGGGGAGGGAAGCAGCUGGCAUGGCCUCUGACUUGCUGGAGGGCUCACGUCCAUCUCGGAUCCUCGGUGUGUGGCCAUCGGAGGAGGUGAUGGCGCAUUACUGCCUGCAAAAACGUCACAUGUUCAAGGGUGCCGUGUGCGAGUUAGGUGGAGGUAUGACCUGCCUCGGUGGGCUCAUGGUUGCCAUUUCUGCUGACGUGAAGGAAGUCCUGCUAUCAGAUGGGAAUGAGAAGUCCAUUCAGAAUGUGCGAGCACUGAUUGAGAGAAACAGGCAAGCUGGAAAGUUUGGAUCAACACGUGUGUCUUCCAGUUUGUUUCUCGACCAGUACAGAGGCAGCCUGGUUGAUGCUAUAAGGAGAUUACUGCAACCCAACGGCAUGGCGCUGGUGUUCGCUCCCCUGCGAGGUGAAACUCUGAGGCUGUUUUGUCAGCUGGCGCAGCAGUCCGGAUUAUGCGUCUCUCAGCACCAGCAGUAUGAUGCUGAGGUCUGGGAUGUUCACUUAAAGAUGCUGAGAGAAGGAAAGCAGGCAUAUGAUGAGAACAUCCACUACCCUCUCCUCAUUACCUUGACCAAAGGACCUCAACCUGACCGCCACGCCCAGUAAACCAAAACAAGCGAGCCGUUGGCUGUACACGUAUAUAGCGCCUUGUAAACCAGCUGAGAGCUCCAGUUUCUCACAAGAAGUAUGAACCUCAUAGCCAAACAGUCAACAUCUGCAUUCCACAAUCAGUAUUCUGCCUCUUAUCCACUCACCGUUUCAGCCGACAAACAAACUAGCGGUUCAUUCCUGUUUAUUCCUUGGCCUCCAUGUGUCAAAUAUCCAGUCAGUUGGUUCCCUUUAACCAUUCACUGUUACCUCAUGCCACUGUGUUUCUGGCCUCAGCAUGGACACCAGCUUUAAUUCACGGAGAGUCACUAAGUGGGGAGCAGCACACAGUUCCGUCUAUUUCCACCUUUAAUUUAAUUUAAUUUAAUGCAGCGCUUUCAUAACAGUCAGAGGUCAUUGCUAAGAACUUUAUUUGUGUAUUUCAGUGCAUUAGCGCAUUUAGACACCAGGAGUUCCAGCUCCCAGGAGCAGAAGAUUGCAUAUUACACAAGGCUAUUGCCAACGGCAAAAGGAGUCCCCAUUACAUCACAUCGGAAUUCAUUUCACACAACUGGUAUUGGAUCUUUUUUUUUUCAGUAUAAUAUUUUGUGUGAUUUGUUCAUUUAUGUAGACACUGUUGGCCUUUGCAUAUGAAUCCCAUUGUUUACUUUAAUUGUAUGAUGGAAAUACAUAACACAUUUAUAAUGACUACAUAUCACAACACACCAACAGUACAUGAUCACCCCAGUUUGUUAUGUAUACAAUACACACAUCGAAAAGGCUGGAGCGAAUCCAUUGUACUUUCACAGAUAUUAACCAUUUUCUGAUUUACCUGUAUUUCACCCUUACAGCACCACAGGAUAUUACCAAUUCACCCUGUUUUAGCAGUUUUUUUUCCAAAGUAUGAAUAUUAUUGUGUUAAGUAAUCUGAACUGAGAGACAACUCAGCUCUUGAUUUGCUCAAAAUACAGCUUGUAUGUUGAGCAAAUGCAGUUUUGAUUUGUCACAAGUUUAAACAAAAAGUGUUUGAAUUUUCAUAUCUACUGUGUUCACGUCUGCCUCAGAUAUGUCGUGUUAACUGUGAAGAUUUUGAAUCAAAGCAUCCUUGUGCAUCUGUUAGUAUGAAACUGCAGGAAAUGUGCACAGGUUUUCAUGGCAUACACCGCGGCAGGUUGUUAAGACCUGUACAGUACCUUUUGUAUUUAGUGACCCAAUACUGUGGAAAUUAUUAGGAUUUUCUUGUUUGUGAAAUUUGCCUGUCUGAGUUUGUAAAACAAUCGAGACAUCAUCGUUUCACUAAUUAUUCAAAAUUUUUAAAAUAACAUGCUGAAUUUGGCAAGAGCUAAAUCAGUGAAAUACAGCCAUAAAAUAUCUAUUACCACACAGUGACCAUAAAUUUACGGUAAAAUGUAUGAGAGUAAACAUGUAAACUCCUGAAUUUGCUCGAUCUCCAAAUAAGGGAAAUCCGCUAUAACAGGAAGAUGGUGUUCUUUACAUCCCCUACUGAAACAUCACACAAAUAAUACAAUUUUUUUUAUCAACUAAGUGUUCUCAGGUGUGUUCUCAUACAUAAAUCUGUUUUCUGCUUCCGUAUAAAAGCCUCAGUAGGUCAGUUGAAAGAACAGCGAGUGACGUGAUUUCAUAUUUCACUGUGAUUAAAUGCUGUGCACUACAGCCACCAAGCUAUGCAGUACCUCCCUGUUGUUGCUAUUGAUAUUUCCUACACUGAAGAUUAUUCACAUAAGGAAAUACAAAAGUGACAACUCAGAAAGAAGGAUCCGUUGCAAAAGUUGAAAAGCUGGAAAGAGCUUUGAAAUGAGAUUGACAGUGUUCGAAAUUCCUGGGCUAGUGUGUGACCACCUUCCUCACUGUGACUGUGUCCAGUGGUUUCAUCACUGUGUAAGUGUGACAUCACCAGCAGCAAUCCUGGUUAUUUUCUAACACCUCAGCACCUGCUGCCACUGGUGCCACUGGUUACACUGGCAUUCAUGUCAUAUUGCUGCUUGUUGCAAAAUCACUGCCUCAGUUAGUGGCCACCUUCACUCUGCUGUGAUGUCACGUGUUCACAUGGUGAUGCCCUCACUUAUGGUAAUAAUUUACCACUCCUCGCGGCUACAAGUAUUAACCGACUUUAACAUGAUCUUUAGUUGUAUUUGUUCACAAAUUGAUUAGAGCAGUAUAUGUGUUGAAGCUGAAAAUUUGCUCAGGAUGACAAGGAGUGGGCAGUUUCUUUAAAAUACCCAAUUGCAUUGACUAAUUUCUCCGUAAUCUGUCAUUUAAAAAAAGGAAUUGAGUAAUUUAGAGUUGAUUCUGGGUCAACAGGAUCAUGAUGAGUCCCUUUAUACCUGUGAGAAUGCUUUAAUUCAGGGCUGACAAUUGUGUGGCACCAUAAACACUUGAAUAAGUGGAGGUACUUAAAUUAAAUACUUCAACUGAUCCAGUGUUACUGUGGACAUUGCCUCUUAUUGUGCAUUUCUUCAAUUUCUUUGUGCUCUACUGUAUUCAGAAGAGGUUGAAUUUUCAGUUCUGUUGCUGAAUUUGUUUUUGGUGAACAAAUGAAAUAAAUA